CUUUUAACACCCCACCGCCUCCGCUCUUCUUUCUUCUUUCUUUAUUGCCCUUCUCAACUUCCCCGCUAUUCCUCUCCCUUUCCCUUUACUCUCCGAACAAAUCUCGAUCUCCAAUCCAUCCUCUCAAAAAACCCUGACUCUUUCCUUCAAUCCCAAUUAUUCGAAACUUCAAGGGUUUGUUGAAGCUGUGAUUCGUAUGGAUUCGUCGAGUUCGAGCCAACCGGAGUUUGAUUACUUGUUUAAAGUUUUGAUGAUCGGCGACUCCGGCGUCGGGAAGAGCAGUCUUCUCCUUAGAUUCACUGCUGAUUCUUUUGAAGAUCUCUCUCCUACAAUUGGUGUUGACUUCAAGGUAAAGAUGGUUACUAUUGGGGGCAAGAAAUUGAAGCUUGCGAUAUGGGACACAGCUGGGCAAGAAAGGUUCAGAACUCUUACAAGUUCAUACUACAGAGGAGCGCAGGGGAUUAUAAUGGUCUAUGAUGUAACAAGGCGGGACACAUUCACUAAUCUUUCUGAUAUUUGGGCUAAAGAAAUAGACCUAUAUUCAACCAACCAGGACUGCAUCAAGAUGCUUGUAGGAAACAAAGUUGACAAGGAAAGUGAGAGAGUUGUCACGAAGAAAGAGGGCGUUGAGUUUGCUAGACAAUAUGGAUGCCUGUUUCUAGAAUGUAGCGCCAAAACCCGAGUCAAUGUGGAGCAAUGUUUUGAAGAGCUUGUCUUAAAGAUCUUAGAUACACCAAGCCUUUUGGCAGAAGGUUCAGCAAGUGUGAAAAAGAAGAACAUAUUUAAGCAGAGCCAACCUCAAGCUGAUGCUGCCACAAGUGGUUGCUGCUGAUAAAUCUGUAAUCUCAGCACUUCUUGUAAAGCUGAUACCGCAUGCUUGCUGCUGAUUUCUGCCUCUUUCGUGUCCAAAGGCUGUGAAGCCCAUGCUUCUCGUUUCCUCAUCUAUUGCUUGGUGGCAUGGGGUUUGACAAUGAUGUUGAAAAGUGGUCGUAAUAUAAUUUAUUGUUUCAGUUGUUCAAUUAUAUAGUUUAUACACUAUCGUUGUUUAUAUCAAGUUUCCGACUAGGUGUACUAUUAUCAUGCCGCCUCUGUAUUUUAUCAACUUAGUUACCUUUCUAUGAGUUGACUACUGUAUACCCUGAGAUUUCAGUCGUC